GGAGAAGGAGGAGGAAGAAAGUUCACUUCUUGCGGGUGAUUAACAGAUCUGAGCCCGUCGGUCAAUGGAUUCCUCCCCCGACGCCAGCGCGGCGCCGGCCUCCUACUGGUGCUACAGCUGCGACCGCUUCGUGCGCGCCGCGUCGCCGGCGGCCUCCGGCGGCGACGUCGCGUGCCCGGGCUGCGGCGGCGGGUUCCUCGAGGAGAUGGGCGGCCCCCCGCCCGCCCGCGCCGCCGCCUACCCCUACCUCCGCCGCCCGCGCGCGCACCACGCCAACGACCUGCGCCUCCGCCGCAGCCGCCGCUCCUCCACCCCCUCCUCCUCCUCCGCCGCCGCGCCGUUCAACCCGGUCAUCGUGCUCCGGCGCGCGGCGGCCGACGCCGCCCCCGACGCGCUCGCCGGCAGCAGCUUCGAGCUCUUCUACGACGACGGGGCGGGCUCGGGGCUGCGCCCGCUGCCCGACAGCAUGUCCGACUUCCUCAUGGGGUCCGGCUUCGAGCGGCUGCUCGGCCAGCUGGCCCAGAUCGAGGCGGGCGCUGUCACGCGCCCCCGCGAGACCCCGCCGGCGUCCAAGGCGGCCGUGGACUCCAUGCCCACCGUCCCCAUCGCCGCCGCCCACGUCCGCGCCGACUGCCACUGCGCCGUCUGCAAGGAGCCCUUCGAGCUCGGCGCCGAGGCCCGGGAGAUGCCCUGCGCGCACAUCUACCACGAGGACUGCAUCCUGCCCUGGCUCCAGCUCCGCAACUCCUGCCCCGUCUGCCGCCACGAGAUGCCCACCGACGCCGCCGCCACUGUGCAGGCACAUGCGGCCACCCACGAGGAGGAGACGACGGUGGGUCUCACCAUCUGGAGGCUCCCGGGAGGCGGGUUCGCCGUGGGGAGGUUCGCCGGCGGGAGGCGGCCCGAGGAGAGGGAGCUCCCGGUCGUGUACACGGAGAUGGACGGUGGGUUCAACGAUGGCGGCGCUCCCCGGAGGAUCUCGUGGGGCUCGCGGCAGAGCCGGUCAACGGAGACCAGCGCUGUCCGACGCGUUUUCCGGAGCAUGUUUGCGUGCUUUGGCCGUGGGAGCUCGUCGAGCUCUCAGGCCUCCUCUGCGCAGAUGAGGCCAGAUGAGAUGAAUGAGGGGUCGGAUCAUUCUGCAGUGUUCAGCCAGGGCUCGAGGAGCCGGAGCAUGAGCUGGAGGUUGGAAGAUGGCCACGCCGACGCCAUGGUGCAGAGAUAGUCCUCGACGGCGCGUGCCGCAGGAAAGGUUGUUGAUUGCUUCUGUUUCAUCUGGUUUUUAUGUACUUAUUAGAAGAAAGAAACACGACGAUUUGUAGAACAGGAUUGGUGUUGUACAUAGGAAGCAGCAUCUGCUGUAUUAGUUGCAGGGAGGAACAUGUUCACUCUGAUUCCAAGAUUGAGCAUUUGCCACUUAGACCAUGAAUUGUUUUGUUGGUGGCAAAUUGUAUGUUUGAUUGUCUUCGAUUCAUUCAAUUCAAUUCCAUGUGUCCUGGUGCUCAGAAUGUUGAUGGCCUCAA